GAGAAUUACGAUGCUGCUUUUGGAGAUAUAACAAUUACUGCUAACCGAUCAACUUACGUGGAUUUCAGUUUGCCAUUUGCAGCAGGAGGAGUUACUAGUGUCGUGCCAAUUAUGUUUGAGGAUCCAAAUGAUAAGUGGACUUUUUUAGAACCCCUUACUAAAGCACUGUGGAUAGUGUCUGCGGCAUUUUAUAUCUUUACUGGUCUUUCAAUUUGGAUCCUCGGGAAAAGGGUUGCCACCAGUUCCAGGGGUACUGCCGGUCAACAUGCUGGCAUGAUUUGUUGUUUUCCCUUAUUUCCUGGACAAGGAAUUGAAGGCACUUUAAUUUGUCUGAUUUUGGUGGCGUGGGCAUUUGUUGCAUUUUUGCUGAUGUCAACUUAUACUGCUAGCUUAUCGUCGAGAUUAACUGUGCAUAGACUUAAACCAACUGUAGCAGAUGUGAAGGAACUUAUUAAGAGGGUAGAUAACAUCGGAUGUCAACACGGAUCCUUUCUUGUUGAUUUCUUGAAAGAUGUAGGAUUUGAAGAAUCAAAAAUCAGGAAAUAUAAAUGCGCUGAGGAAUGCCAUGAAGCUUUAUCAAAGGGGAGUAGCCAUGGAGGUAUAUCAGCCUAUUUUGACGUUAUGCCUCACAUAAUGCUUUUCUUGUCCCAAUUUUGUGGGAAAUACAAGGUAGCUGGCCCUACCUAUCGAACAGAUGGAUUUGGUUUCGUUUUCCCUAAAGCCUCACCAUUAAUUGCUGGUGUCUCUCGUGCAAUAAUACAAUUGACUGAAAAUGGUCAUAUUUCGGAUAUUGGUGAAAAGUACUUUAAACCAGAAUGUGAAGCACCAGAUACUGCCAUUAAACCAAGCAGCGUUACAUUAAGAAGCUUUCAAGUGCUCUUUGGCAUCACAGCGGGAGUUACUUUGUCAUGCCUCGGGGUUUCCCUGAUCAUAUACCUCUACCCAAAUGAUUCUCAACUAUCAGAGCAUACAAAAUUUCAAAAAGGUUUUCUCAUUCAAGAGUCCAUGUGUUUAAAAACAAGUAUACCAGCGGAACUAAUUGAUUGA